AUGGCGUGUGGCCCGGGCAUGAUGAGCUGCUCGCAGUGCAAGUUUCUCCAGGACACCCUGGCUGCAGCCGAGGACGUGAUCAUCAGCGAGCUGGACAUCGAGCUCAACCAGCAGGGGGAGGAGCAGUUCCCCCACCUGGAGAACGAGGAGAGGCGGGCCCGCAAAGACGAGGAGCAGCAGGUGCACAUGGCCAGGCGGCGGCGGGCAGAAGCGGAGGCGCUGUGGCGGGCGGAGGAGGAGGCGCGCAAUCACGCGGAGAACCUGCGGCGCCGCGUGAAGGACGCCGAGAGGGCCUUCAAGGAUGAAAAGGCCCGCUUCGAGCAGCUGAGGAGCGACCGCGAACGGGCCGAGCAGGCCGAGGGCGCGAUUCGCACGGAGGCGAAGCGCCUCGCGUCCGAGAGGGAGAGGAAGGCAGCCGUGCUGGCCUUCCUGCAGGAGCACGGGUUCAGCAGCGUCGACAAGGCGAAGCGCAAGAUGCUGAGAAAGAACUACCCUAUCCACGUGGCUGCGGAGAAGGGCGACGACAGAAUGGUGCAGAUGCUCUUGAAGGAGGGAGCAGACGCAUCCCAGCGCAACUCCGCAGGCCGGACGGCGAUGCAGAUUGCCGUUGACAAGGACCGAGGGGACCGCGACAACUCCCACCAGGCCGUGGUGCGCACGCUGCAGCGCGCGCUCAGCAACGUGAGCUUCGACGCCAGCAUCGCGCCGUCCGAGGCGUCCACCCCGGGCCCCUGCCGCCGGGCCCGUGCGAGCCAGGCGUCCACCCCCGGCAGCGAGUGCGGGGCGGACGCUCUGUCCCAGAGCUGCGACAGCGUGCAGCGCAAGGUGAGCUUCGACGAGAGGAGCGACGGCAGCCUGAGCGAGCGUUCGCAGGUCUCCCGCCACUCGAGGCGCAGCGGGCACAGCGCGGACAAGCAUCGCGUCCCUGGGCGCAGCAGGCGCUCGGGUGGCCUCGGUGGUGCCUGA